AUGUCGCAGUCCACUUCAGCAACGAAACUCAGCAUUGGCCAGACUAUCUACCUUGAAGGCUCGUUUGAAGAGGUUAUACCACCAACUCAUUCCGAUAGGACCCUGGUUUUGUGUUUUGAUGGGACCGGUGACCAAUUUGACAGCGAUAACUCCAAUGUCGUGAAUUUCUUUUCUACACUGAAGAAAGAUGAUCCCACGGAGCAGUUGGUGUACUACCAGUCAGGUAUUGGAACCUAUGCGAUUCCCGAGGUGGCUUCGCCCAUUACUGCGAAGAUUACCAAGGUCAUUGAUAGUAUGAUCGGGAUUCAUCUCAACGCACAUGUUAUGUCUGGAUACGAGUUUCUGAUGCAGAAUUAUGAAGCCGGGGAUAAGAUCUGUAUAUUUGGUUUCUCCCGCGGGGCAUAUACCGCGCGCGCGUUGGCUGGAAUGGUUCACAAGGUCGGAUUACUGCCUAGGGCGAAUUAUCAGCAGGUCCCGUUCGCUUACAAGAUGUAUUCCCGAGAUGACGAAAAGGGAUGGAAGCAAAGCGCCGCAUUCAAAAAAGCCUUCUCCAUUGAUGUCGACAUUUAUUUCCUCGGUGUUUGGGACACCGUGGGUUCCGUAGGCAUAUUCCCUCGCCGUCUUCCUUUCACUACGUCCAACGUCCAUGUCAAGCAUUUCCGUCAUGCUCUCGCUCUUGAUGAGCACCGAGUGCGAUUCAUACCGGCAUUUUGGCACCGCACAUGCUCCGCGCAACAUAAAUUAGGAUUGCAGAGAGGCGAGAUGCCUAGAUCCCACAACAAGUGUCGUGCGAAAUCACUCAGGGAACGCGAGUCGGAGUACGAUCAUGUGCAUGCCGAUACACCGACAGACGUGGAGGAGGUGUGGUUCGCUGGGUGCCACUGCGAUGUCGGAGGAGGCGCCGUAGCCAAUGAAGUUCGGCAUAACCUCGCCCGAAUACCGCUGAGAUGGAUGAUUCGGCAAUGUUUUCUCGUCAAUACGGGAAUUAUCUUCCACCGCGAGUUGCUGAAGCAGCUGGGGAUGGAACCGGCAUCGUUGCAUCCCACCGUUCACCCUCGACCAGCCAUGGAUGUUGUUACGAAGCCAAUCUACGCCACCACUGAGGAAGAGGCAGACAUCCUCGACGCACUAUGUCCCAUAUACGACGAGCUAAAGAUAGCUCCGGGCUGGUGGAUCCUUGAACUUAUUCCUACCAAACUGCGAUACCAGAAAGGGGAUAAUACGUGGGCGAAGGCGAUCACGAUGAACAGAGGUCGACCUCGACGUAUACCUAGACAGUACCAAGAAGGCCUUAAGGUUCACAGGACGGUCAAGCUGAGGAUGGAGGCGGAGGGGUUGGAGGGAGGUAAAUAUGUCCCUAGGCCACGAUGGUCCGUUGAUCCUACCUGGGUUGAUUGA